CAGGAUCUUGAAGUCGUUCGUUAGUAGGCAUAACGUUGACGUAACUGUAUAAACCGGAGGGAAAAAUACUACAGAUUCUCCACGAUGCCGAAUCCUAAGGUGUUCUUUGACAUGACAAUUGGCGGAGCUCCAGCUGGGCGUAUAGUAAUGGAGCUCUUUGCGGAGACGACACCGAUAACCGCGGAGAACUUCCGAGCUCUCUGCACUGGAGAGAAGGGAAAGGGCCGAAGUGGCAAGCCCCUUCACUAUAAAGGUUCGAAAUUCCACCGCGUGAUCCCGGGGUUCAUGUGCCAAGGUGGGGACUUCACAGCAGGGAAUGGAACGGGAGGUGAAUCUAUAUACGGAUCAAAAUUUAAGGACGAGAAUUUCAUAAAGAAGCAUACUGGACCAGGGGUGUUGUCAAUGGCAAACGCAGGGCCAGGAACAAAUGGAUCACAGUUCUUUAUAUGCACAGCUAAGACGGAGUGGCUUGAUGGAAAGCACGUGGUGUUUGGACAAGUUGUGGAAGGAAUGGAAGUGGUGAAGGCUAUUGAGAAAGUUGGAUCUUCUUCUGGGAGGACCGCUAGGCCUGUUGUGAUUGCUGAUUGUGGUCAGCUGUCUUGAGUAGUUUAUUAUGUUAUGUUAUGUUAUGGUUGUUUCCUUCAAUAAAGCUCUGAUAUACGAGUCCACGAUCGACCACCAUUUUUAUUGUAUUAACGAAUUACAAAGUGUGGUAUUGUAUUAAUAACAAAGAGUGAUCAACUUUAUAGUAAUAUUAUAAUUAUAGUUAAAGAAAGAAUGAUCCUUUCAA